CCGAGCAACCGUCUGCAUCGCGCGCAGCUCUCGAAGCGAUUUCGAAACCCGACGAACCCCUUCAAAGGAUACAGUAUACCACUCUCCACAGGCGCCACCAAGUCGCCUUCCGCAUCCCUAAAGGAUUUCCCUAAACAUUCCAUGGAAGCAAUGUCAGCGAUGCCGAUGAAAGCCCUCCUCGCUGGUGUUUUUCUGCUGGCCAAUGCCUGGCACAUCACAGCUGGAAAUGAGCAAAAGAACCACUUGCAGUGCUGGCACUGCAGCUCGGACACCAUUGGAGCGGAAGACUUCUGCGAUGUGACCUUCCAGGAAGACAAUAUCCCGACCGACCUGAUCAAGGAGCGGAACAUCAAUCUGCUGAGGAGCUGCAACAGCACCAUUAAUUCGGAUCACGAGCGAGCCGUUUGCCGCAAAACAGUGGAGGAGAAUAAUGGCAAGACGAUCACCAAGCGGUUCUGCUACUAUACCAACAAGUCGGAUCCCGUGGAGCUGUGCAACAUCACCAGCCCGGAGAAGAAUGUGCGGCGGAUAUUCUGCGAGGACUGCCUCACCGAUCGCUGCAAUGGAGCCUUUACCGGAGCCUCCAUUUGGGAGAUGAUGCAGCUCCUGCCCAUCCUGGCCCUAGUCCAACAGUUGGCCAUCUAGGCGAAAGAUCUCUCUAUUGUAUUUUAGUUGGAACGUGAUAUUUUGCCUGGCCUCACGGGCCGAGCUGUAUGGCUGAUUAACGUUUACGUUUAGCUCGAUUUAACCUAGUUUUGGGGACACUGGCUUCCCGCUCAUUAGCUUACAUUCAGAUUGAAGUUUAAGGUUCGUUUAUAAGUUUAUGAUUUGCCUGGCCGAGUGCCAAUGUUUGCCAAGCUCAAAGCCCGAAUAUUCCGAAAGAAAUCCAACUAUAACGUAAAUAAAUAGAGCUACACUAAAGGAAAGGUAUAAAUAAAUGAAACAAUAAUCAGUAGAGUCUAAACCCCCAAAGCACAGUAAAUACUCACUAAAUAGUCUAUGUACAACAUGAUAUUUUAAUGUAAAGAACACAAGCCUUCACCUAUGUAAUUAUCUCAGAUGCUAGAGAAACAAAAACACAAUUCAAAUCAAAGUAUUAAAGCACUCGAACAUACAAAACACACCGAAUAAAGUUCACACAACUGAAGUCUUAA